AGCAUCACCUCCAAAUGCCACAAUAGAAAAGAAAAACCCACCGAAAGUCCAGUCAAAACCUAUCGAACUCAAAAAACCAGUUCAAACGAAACAACCACCUAUUGCUUCUAAAAAUUUUACAACAAAAUCAAAUGAAACUAAUUCUACCAAAACUAGAAGCAACAUUAAAAACUAAAGAAGCUACAUCAUCCACCAAACCUCCUUUAGUGAAAAAGCCGCAGCCAACCGUGUCGAACGCUUCACAGAAUUCCAAAGGGCCAUGUAUAAAAGGAACAGAACCGGUCCCAAAGGCGCUCCCUGUGAAACCAACAGUCAAGACGCCGAUGCCGAAACCUGAUAGAAGACCGUUGCCACCUGAUCCAGUGGUAGAUGAUGACAUGCCGAUAUAUCAGACAGCUGACGAAGAUGCCACGACAGAAUCGGAAGAUGAUGAAGAAUGGAAUUACGAAGCACUACCACAGUACAAUAUAUACAAUUUGUAGACUAGAAGUAACAUUUAAUAUAAUUUGAUGAAUUGGUGAUGAAUUGAACAGGCACAUUGUCAUUGCGUUUAAUGCUUUAGAAAGCGCGUACUAUUUUUUUCCCCUCACUAGCUCGGAAACACAUGUUUUGUCCUUUAAUACCAGCGGGUAAAAACGCAUUUUAUCCACUAGUGGGUAAAGUAAUUUGA